AUGAGCGAAUGGAACAGUGAGAAGUAAGAUUCUUUGUAUUUUACAUUGGUUAUUUGUGAUUUUUCCAGCAAAAGCUUGUUGAGGGUGGAAAAAAUGGCGGCGGACGGCAAAACAGAUCGUGAAACAGAGAGUUUUGAUCUCGAAAAGAUUCUUGCAACGGUAUUUUACAACUGAAAUCAAUUUUAAAAGGCAAUAUUACAGCUUCUUUGCUGUUUUUUCUACACGAUGACUAUCUCACAGGCCACGGUGGUUUAUGGGAUCUACAUUCCUUACUUUGCUAUGUGCGUUUCGAAUUUUUUCAUUUUCCCCCUGCCUACACGUGUUUUUGUUAGUCCUUUAUGAGUAAUCCACGCGCGAAAUUGUUAGGAAAUACAGUUGGAAACCUCAUAGAAAAAAAUUAGUUUUGAUUUUCAUUUCUGAUAAAAUUGUAUCUUGAUACGAAUUUACUCGGGACCUUUUUUCCACGCGUCUCUUUUCCUUUCAAUUUACUUUCUGAGGAAAAGUGAAGAACUAAUGAAACAGGCUUUCAAGAAAAAUAGCUCAACACAAAAAAAGCCGUGAAAUCCAGGCGUCGAAAAAAAAAAUCCUUGGUCCAAAAGUUAUAAAAAAAACUUCGGCAGUAUGUUAAUUUUCGUCGGCGGUAUAUGCACGAGAAACAUCAUAUUUGACGACUUCUUUUGGAUCUCUUGAAUUCAAAGCACGGUGUUUGUGUUGAUCUAAUUAUUGACUUUUUACUUUUUAUAAAAAAAUUUUUUUCCCUAAACGGGGUGGGGUGACGUCAAAAAUUUGGCGCGAAAUUUGAAAUCUCGAGUACAGAGCCGAAGGCGAUCGAACAAACAAGUUAUUACCUCGGACCUUGGUAACGCGAACGGGACGCGAAACGGACGUGUCGGGGCAUUUCUAGUGACCACUUUAGCAGCCUUAACGCUCUUAAGUGAUCCCUUGAAUCGCCCAGAAACGUCCGGAGCACGUCUGUUUCGCGUUACCAAUGUCCGAGAACGUUUGAUACUAAGUACCACGGCGUUUCUGCCAGUUGAAGAAAAUGCAAGGAAUUUGAAACUCGGCAAAGUCUGUGCACUUCUCGAAAUUCGCCCGCGAAAUUUGAAAAGGCGGCUUUAUUUUUGAUUUUUUGUCAAUUUUUUCAUAUUUUUCACUUUUUCUUUUCGUAGAUUGCUGAUAGUAUUGCGGGACCACGAUCGGGGUAUACUCUGGGUUGUUAGACGUUUUUUUGAACGUAGUUCUGUGAGGCUAACUUUAAAACUCGUGAUGAAGAAGCGUUUUGAAAAAUCUCCACCUGUUUGUAUGGAACAUUUUUUUCACCCCAUUUUAUGUUUUUCUUAUUCUAUUUUUUUGUCGAUUGUUCAGAUUCCUAGGUUGUGGACAUCAAUGAGAUGAAGUUACAUGAAAAAAAGUAUGUGAAGUUGAGAAAGUAUGUUCCCGAAUUCAUUUAUAUCCGGAUAUUCCGUCAACUUUUUUUAUAAUAAAAAGUACUUGCUGUAAAACAUCUUUUAUUUGUUUCUCCACAGCAAUAUAGUUUUAUUUAAUCUCUUUUAAUUUCCUCGUCUUUUUUCUUCAAUGUUCAUUCGUUUCUCACACUUAUAUCAUCGGUUAACCUUAUUUUCCAAAUUUUUUGUGCAUGCACUAAACACGUCCUAAUUGACGGAGAAAAGUGGGCGGGGCGUCGCAAAAGAAACACCGUGGUACAUUUUAUCCGGAGCGCGCACUUACUAUUUUUUGUUAAUUCAGAAACUUUGACGCCGCGCUCACCUUCCCUCACCCCAUUAGGAAUGCCGUGAAAGCACUGUGCUCGUGUUGAGUCAAAUUAUUGAUCUUUUUCACUUUUUCAGAAAAAAAUUUUCAGGACAGAACCGAUAUGGCUAUAUUUGCCGUACUCUUGUUUCGGAAUAUACAUUUUUUACGGAAUUCAGUUUCACUACUACAAGGCGCGCACAAUAAAAGCAAGCAGAGAAACUGGGGUAAUGAAAUAUUCAUUAAAUAAGAAUUAAAAAGAAAAUGCUUGAGAAAUAUAACAGUCUUUUUCUUUCAAAAGUUUCUUUUCAGUUUAUCUAGCCGUUGAAGCUCUGAAAUUUAAUUUUCGUUAUAAAAAUUGAUUUGUGGGAAAUUAUUUUGAAGCUUCAUUGCAGCGUAAAACGGAUCCACGAUGCCCAUUUUGCUACCAAUUUCAAAGGUCCCGCUACAAGCCAUUGCAGCACGUGUGAAAGGUUCAAUUUUUUUAUUUGUUGAUAAAAAAAUUUAUUCUCGUUGUUUCUUGGGAUGUCUUACUACUUAACUCAAAAAAAUCAGGUUGAGAAAUUUUUCUCGCUUUUUUUUUAAAAAGUUCUUUUGCGGUAAUUUCCUCAUUUUUUUCAAAUACUCAAAUGAUUUGUUUAACAAGAAAACGUGAGUAAAACUCAAAAAAAUGCUGGAAUUUCAAAGAAGCGCCAAAAAAACGCAUCGCGACCGCGUCGCAAGCACUUUUGAAAAAAAGUCGGCCGUUUCAAGCCGAGACAAAUUGUCUUGUGAUGCCAAUUUUUCUGCAGAUGUGUGGUCGGCUUCGACCAUCACUGUCCGCUGCUCAACAAUUGCGUUGGAGCGCACAAUCACCGUCACUUUAUUCUCGCCCUGAUGUACGUCUUCUGCGCCACGUUUACCGUCACCCUUCUGGCCUAUCCCGUCUUCAGAGACUUUCUCAACUUCUUCUCCGUGAUUUCAACCUGAAAUCACGUAGUAUUCAGGGAAUAGUUCAGGACUUACUGCACGACCGUGUGGAUAAGCCGACAAGCCCAUUUUUGGAAGACCACGCCCAUCCGAAAGACGUUUUUAUUGAACCCUGAUUCAAAUAUAAAAAAGAAACUCGAAUUUCUAGAGCUCAUCGACCGAUCUGUUUUGCUGGAGCGACGAUCGAAAUGUGUUCUAUAAAAGCUGGUUCUGUUCAAAUUUACUUGUGAGAAGUGAGCCUUCAAAACUUUUUCUCAAAGUAGCGUUUUUGGUAGUCUUGUCAUUUACUGGAAACUCACGUUUUUACGUUCUUUCUCAUUGUUCCUAUGACCUCGCUGGUAAGAGAAAAGAGAGCCCAGACGUAUUGGACCGUUUUCCUUCGUGGCGAAUGGGAAGUAUUGAAAAAGAAUUGUUUUUUUUUCAAAAUUUAAGUUCCAAGCUUCUAAAAUCACGGAGAAAACGAAAUUCGCUAUUUAGGUCAUAAAAUUCGCAAGUUUUUUUGAAAAGUUCUAUUGGAUUUUUCAAGUCGAAUAAGCAUUUUUCCACAAAAUGAAUGGUUUCCUUUUUACUGCCUUUUUUCGUCCUUUCAUCGGCCUUUAUUCACCAUUUUUUGAGGUUUUCUGCUUUCCAAGAAUGAAUGGCUCAAUGAAGGCCCCAAAACGGAACCCUUGAACGACCAUUUUCCACCCUUUUCCCGCGCUUUUGACUCUUCCAAUGAAAUUUCGUUUUGCAGGCACUGUAAUCGUAGCGGCGGUUGUCUCAUACGUUUCCUUCGUGACGUUGUCCAUCGUUUUUCUGUUUUUUGUGAUCCACGAGCUCAUUCUCCUCUCCAAAAACGUCCGAUACAUUCAGGCCUUGGUUCGUUUUUUCUCCCCAAAAUGGAUUAAUUGUUCUGAACUUCAUUCUUUACUGCCCAUGUGCCUUCAAUCUUCUCCCAAAAUCAAAGAGUUUGGUUUCAGAGGGCCUCGAGAAUUUUCUGAAAAUUUUCUGGUAAGCGAGGCGGUUUCAGAGUGAAGCUUGAACUUUCCCAAAAAAAAUUUGCUCAUAAAGUAUUGAGGUGUUGGUUUAUAAAUGUUCUUAAGUGGACACUUUUCCAAUUUUCUCCCAAAAUCAAAGAAUUCGGUUCCAGAGACGCCACGGAACGCAACCACUCACCUGGAGAGCAAUGGGCCAAAAUGUCAAGUCGUUCUUCUACGGCAUGGGAGCGAUCUCAACUCGUGAAUUGCUCAUGUUUGCUGAGCUUCCGCCGGUUGAGUACGACCGGACCGGCAAUCGAAAGUCCCCCACCACCUACUUUAACAUUUGAACUUGUUCUCUUUUUCUUUUCGAAUAAAAUUUUCUGGCUUUUUCGGAUAUUUUCGCUCUCAAUAUUUGGUAUCAGCCGUUGCAAUUAUUUUUGCUUCAUACAUUUUUUCCCCUUUUUUACAAUUUAUUGAAUAUCUUUGUGAAAACUGUUUCAUUUCUCGUUAUACUUAAAACCAUCAUCACUUCAGAAUGCCGAAGUGGCCACUAGAGGGGUUAAGGCAAAAAUAGCCUCUAUUGUGGACAGAAGUGUGCUCCAUAGAAGGCUUAAUUUCAGGUGGUCCUUUUGGGAGUUCAGCGCAUAAGACCCUUAAGUGACCUCUAUAGCAUUUUUUCAUAUUUUUUAAGUUCUAAUUUUAAAUUUUAAAAUCGCUAAGGGGCUUUAUAGGCCAUUCCGCGCUAGCUUGUCACGUUUUUCUUUCCGCUAAAAGGCCAGGUCAAAUUUAACCAACUUUCGCUUCAAGACCUUCGUUUCUUGCCGUUAUAUAUAUGCAGAAAUUUGAUCUAAUUUGGUAUACGGUCUUUUUGGCGGAAAGAAAAACGUCACAAGCUGGCGUGGAAUGGGCUCUACAACGCCUCCUGGAGUGGCCACUAACUGAAAUCCCUAACGUGGCCACUUUUCUAAGCUACUGUACCCCUGUAAUAAGAGAUAAGGUGGCCCCUUGAGGGGAACCUACAAGAACCCCUAAAAUUGCCUCUCUAGGGACCACUUUGGCGAUCAGGAUGAGAUUCGAAAUCACGCGGGGAAACCCCGGUCAUCAAGAUUUUUGAAUUUCGAUAAAAAAUAAUUAUUCUCUUAAAAUUAACAUUGUAUAGCAUCUUUGGAAUGACCAAAAUAAAGCGGUUUUCUCUAAAAUGGAGAUUAAAAAAACGUGAAACGCUGGAAAACGUGUUUGAGAUGUGAAAUUCAUUGCAAGUCCUCACAUGAGCGAAUGGAACAGUGAGAAGUAAGAUUCUUUGUAUUUUACAUUGGUUAUUUGUGAUUUUUCCAGCAAAAGCUUGUUGAGGGUGGAAAAAAUGGCGGCGGACGGCAAAACAGAUCGUGAAACAGAGAGUUUUGAUCUCGAAAAGAUUCUUGCAACGGUAUUUUACAACUGAAAUCAAUUUUAAAAGGCAAUAUUACAGCUUCUUUGCUGUUUUUUCUACACGAUGACUAUCUCACAGGCCACGGUGGUUUAUGGGAUCUACAUUCCUUACUUUGCUAUGUGCGUUUCGAAAAUUUUAAUUUUCCAAAUGCUUAGUCUUCUGAAAAAAAUUUAAGUGCGAAAUUGUUAGAAAAUACAGUUGAAAACCUCAUAAAAAAUUAGUUUUGAUUUUCAUUUAUGAAAAAAAUUGUAAGUUUAUUAAAAACGAAGGACCUUGAUGGAAAUUAACUCGGGACCUUUUUUUUCCACGCGUCACUUUUCUUUUCAAUUUACUUCCUGAGGAAAAGCGAAUAACUAAGGAAACAGACUUUCAAGAAAAAAAGCCCAACAUAAAAAAGCCGUCAAAUCCAGACGUCAAACUUUGUUCGUGUUCAUCGGAGAAACGGAACAUGCUUCAAAACGAGAAAUCGUGAUUAUCGGUGCGCCAAAGUUGCUCCAAAACAGUACUAAAUUUUUUUUUGAGCAAUUUUUUUGCGUUUCAAAAACAUUUUCGUUUUGUCCGAUGAACGCGCCAUUAAAAAUUAAAAAAAAACUUCAGCAGUAUGUUAAUUUUCGUAGGCCAUACAUGCACGAGAAACAUCAUAUUUGACGACUUUUUUCGUAACUCUUGAAUUCGAAGCACGUCACUAUGAAUAACUGACGAGAUAAACGCGAGGUCGGUGGCGGUACAUUGACGAGCUCGCAAAAAUCUCGCAUUUUUCUGGGCGCGACCUCGCAUUUAUCUUGCAUUUCGGAAAUUUAAAAAAAAAAAUGCGAGAUGUUAGCGAGCUCGUCAAUGUACCGCCAGCGUCUCGCGUUUAUCUCGGCAGUUAUUCUUAGUGACUGUGCUCGUGUUGAGUCAAAUUAUUGAUUUUUUUUUCACUUUUUCAUAAAAAAAAAUUUCAGGACAGAACCGAUAUGGCUAUAUUUGCCGUACUCUUGUUUCGGAAUAUACAUUUUUUACGGAAUUCAGUUUCACUACUACAAGGCGCGCACAAUAAAAGCAAGCAGAGAAACUGGGGUAAUGAAAUAUUCAUUAAAUAAGAAUUAAAAAAAGAAAAAUGCUUGAGAAAUAUAACAGUCUUUUUUUCUUUCAAAAGUUUCUUUUCAGUUUAUCUAGCCGUUGAAGCUCUGAAAUUUAAUUUUCGUUAUAAAAAAAUUGAUUUGUGGGAAAUUAUUUUGAAGCUUCAUUGCAGCGUAAAACGGAUCCACGAUGCCCAUUUUGCUACCAAUUUAAAGGUCCCGCUACAAGCCAUUGCAGCACGUGUGAAAGGUUCAAUUUUUUAUUUGUUGAUAAAAAAAUUUAUUCUCGUUGUUUCUUGGGAUGUCUUACUACUUAACUCAAAAAAUCAGGUUGAGAAUUUUUUUUUCUCGCUUUUUUUAAAAGUUCUUUUGCGGUAAUUUCCUCAUUUUUUUCAAAUACUCAAAUGAUUUGUUUAACAAGAAACGUGAGUAAAACUCAAAAAUGCUGGAAUUUCAAAGAAGCGCCAAAAACGCAUCGCGACCGCGUCGCAAGCACUUUGAAAAAGUCGGCCGUUUCAAGCCGAGACAAAUUGUCUUGUGAUGCCAAUUUUCUGCAGAUGUGUGGUCGGCUUCGACCAUCACUGUCCGCUGCUCAACAAUUGCGUUGGAGCGCACAAUCACCGUCACUUUAUUCUCGCCCUGAUGUACGUCUUCUGCGCCACGUUUACCGUCACCCUUCUGGCCUAUCCCGUCUUCAGAGACUUUCUCAACUUUUUUUCCGUGAUUCAACCUGAAAUCACGAGUUGAUCAGGAAAUAGUUCAGGAUUUAGUGCGUGACAAUGUGGACAAGCCGACGAGUCCAUUUUUGGAGGAACACGCUCAUCCGAAUGACGUUUUUCUUGUGCCCUGAAUCGAAUAUUAAAAAAUCGAAUUUCUAGAUUUCAUCGACCGAUCUGUUUUGCUGGAGCGACGAUCGAAAUGUGUUUUAUAAAAGCUGGUUCUGCUCAAACUUUCUUUUGAGAAGUUAGCUUUUUUUCUUUUUGCGACGGCUGAAAAUUUUGUCAUUUACUUGAAAAAACUUGCUUUUCGUAGAAUUUUUUAUUUUUAUGUGUAUUUCCUCGUUUCUAUGCCCUCGCUGGUAAGAGAAAAAGGCUCAGACAAGUUCGUUUACUUUCAAAUGUAGUAUUAAAAAAAUCACUUUUUUUCCGUGUUUUUUUCAAAUUUUAAGUUCCGAGCUUUUAAAAAAAUACCACGGAGGGAUUUGCUCUCUUAGCCAGAAAAAUCACCCUUUAAAAAACAAGUUUAUUGAAUUUUUCAAGCAUUUUUUCACAAAUUUCUUUUGUCUCUUUUAAAAAUUUUUGGAAAGUUAUUUCGAAAUGCCUGAAUGAAAAAUGAACUCGGGCAAAGUCGGACUGGGGGAUAAUGGCCGCUAAAAGGGAUAGACUCAAAAAAGGUCGUUGGAAAGCAGCAAAAAGGUCCCAAAAAGGCCGCAAAAAGGGUCCCUUUAUCGAGCCUUCCAUUUUUUCGGGUAGGGGCUCAAGAAAUGGUGAAAAAAGAGAGAGGCAGCAAAAAUGGUACAUAACAGCCGAUGAAAUGGUGUAAAAAGACAACCUUUGUCAUCCAAAAAGGAACAUUUUUAUCAUAAGGCAAAGUCGAAGGACCCUUCACGGGCCCUUUGAGGGGGUAUGGAUCAAAAGGUUUCUAUUAGGUGUUCCUAAACGGUUAUCAACGGUUUCCUUUUUAGUGCCUUUUUCCACCUUUUCAUCGGCCUUCGUCCACCCUUUUUGGACCCUUUUGAGAAACAAAGCUUUCUUUUUAAAUCGAGAAACUCUUUUUUGAAACUUUUCAGACCACUUCACUCUUUUUUGAAACUUUUCAGACCACCGAGAAUGAAAGGCUCAAUAAAGGCCUCAAAACGGAACUCUUUAGCGACCAUUUUUCACCCGUUUUCCGCACUUGAAGUUCCAUAUGAAACUUCGUUUUGCAGGCUUUGUAACCAUAGCAGCCGUUUUUUCUUACGUUUCCUUAGUGUCGUUGUCAAUCGUUUUCCUGUCUUAUGUGAUCCACGAGCUCAUUAUGCUCUCCAAGAACGUCCGAUACAUUCAGGCCUUGGUUCGUUUUUUCUCCCCAAAAUGGAUCAAUCGUUUUGAACUUCAUUCUUCACUGUCCAUACGUUUUAUAGUCAAUGUUUCCCGACUUGAAAGGCGAAGGAGGCGGGGCAAGGGGCGGGACGCGUAGCGUGUGCGUUCGCGGUUCUGGGCAUGAGUCCAAUUCAAUUGUCGCAGACUAUUUAAAAAGCUCGGCAACCGCUCUUUUUCAAUGUUUUAUACUAUUUUUUAACGCACAAAUGAACAUAAUCAAUAAAUAAUUGAAGAAGGAAUAAAAAAAAAAAGAAGCAAAAAACGGGUUUUCCAAAGAGUAGAUAGCGGUUAAAUUGAACACGUGCCAAGAACCGCGAACGCACACGCUACGCGUCCCGCCCCCUGCCCCGCCUCCCUCGCCUUUCAAGUCGGGAAACAUUGACUAUAAUGUAGAAUUCGGUUCCAGAGACGCCACGGAACGCAACCACUCACCUGGAGAGCGAUGGGCCAAAACGUCAAGUCGUUCUUCUACGGCAUGGGAGCGAUCUCAACUCGUGAAUUGCUCAUGUUUGCUGAGCUUCCGCCGGUCGAGUACGACCGGACCGGCAAUCGAAAGUCCCCCACCACCUACUUUAACAUUUGA